AGCAGGAGCAGGACAGCCAGACAGGCAGGCAGGCCAGACGGGGUACCAGCACCUCGACUUCUCUCCCUGGGACACUGUCCAAACUUCAGGGGCCAUAGGCCAAGCUGAGCAAUGGGUGCUGAGGAGGAAGUCCUGGUCACACUAUCAGGGGGAGCCCCCUGGGGCUUCCGACUUCAGGGGGGGGCCGAACAGAGGAAACCCUUACAGGUGUCCAAGAUCCGAAGAAGGAGCCAGGCUGGCAGAGCAGGACUCCGAGAGAGGGACCACCUCUUGGCGAUCAAUGGGGUUUCUUGUACCAGCCUCUCUCAUGCCAGUGCCAUGAGCCUCAUCGAUGCCUCAGGGAAUCAGCUUGUCCUCACUGUGUGGCGGGCAGCAGAGGAAGGGCCUGUGAGAUCUUCAUCCCCUGGGGAGCUUCAGGCACUGUCACCCCUAUCUCCACUGAGUCCUGAGCCUCCUGGUGCUCCGGUAUCCCAGCCCCUUCAGCCUGGGAGCCUUCGAUCACCCCCUGACAGUGAGGCUUACUAUGGAGAGACAGACAGUGAUGUGGAUGGCUCUGCCACUCAGGAGAAGCCCCGCCGACCCCGCCGCCGAGGCCCCACAAGGCCCACACCUCCAGGAGCCCCACCAGAUGAGGUCUACCUGUCUGACAGCCCUGCAGAGCCAGCACCUGCCAUCCCUGGGCCUCCCAGCCAGGCUGACAGCCGUGUGAGCUCCCCAUCUUGGGAGGAAGGAGCAGCCCUUCAGCCGCUCCCGGCCGAGGCACUGCUGUUACCCCAUGGUCCACUCCGGCCUGGUCCUAAUCUCAUCCCUAUGGUGGGACCUGUUCCCCACCCAGUGGCAGAAGAUCUUACUACUACCUACACCCAGAAGGCCAAGCAAGCCAAACUGCAACGGGCAGAGAGCCUCCAAGAGAAGAGUGUAAAGGAAGCAAAGACCAAAUGCAGGACCAUUGCAUCCCUGUUAACUGCAGCCCCCAACCCCCACUCCAAGGGUGUGCUUAUGUUUAAGAAACGGCGGCAGAGAGCUAAGAAGUACACCCUAGUGAGCUUCGGGGCUGCAGCUGGGACAGGCACCGAGGAGGAGGACGGAGUUCCCCCAACGAGUGAGUCCGAGUUGGACGAAGAGGGCUUUUCCGACGCGCGCAGCCUCACCAAUCAGUCUGACUGGGACAGCCCCUAUCUGGACAUGGAGCUGGCCAGGGUGGGCUCGGGCACAGCAGAGGGCCAGGGCGGGCAACUGAGCGAGGUCUCCGGGCGAGGAGUCCAGCUCUUUGAACAGCAGCGCCAGCGCGCAGCCUCCAGCACCCACGAGUCGGCUCCGGUGGGCCAGGCAGUGGUGCUCAAUGGUCAGGGUCUGCAGUCACCACCCCGAGCCCAAAGUGCUCCCCCGGAGGCAGCUGUGCUCCCACCCAGUCCUUUGCCGGCCCCUCUAGCCAGCCCCACACCGUUCCUCCCAGGUGGUGGAGCCCCUUCCCCAGCUCUGAGCGUAUUUAACAGGUCAGCUAGACCCUUCACCCCGGGCUUACAAGGGCAGCGGCCAGGUACCACCUCGGUGAUUUUCAGACCUCUAGCCCCCAAGAGGGCGAACGAGAACCUCGGGGGCCUCGGCCCGGCUCCAGCCCCCUUCGUGUCCGCCCCACCCCCCUUCGUGUUCUCUCCGCAGGAGCCCACGCCUCUGCAGAGCUUCACCACAGGGGUUUCCAGCCAUGUGCCUUCCCCUAGUUCCCCCAGCACCCCGCGGUCCUCAGGCCCUGUUACGGCCACCAGCUCCCUGUUCAUCCCAGCCCCGAGUCGCCCCGUUACUCCGGGCGGAGCCCCAGAGCCCUCCGCUCCUCCUGGUGCAGCUGCCAUGACCUCCACCGCCUCUAUCUUUCUCUCGUCGCCCCUGCGACCCUCUGCGCCCCCCGAGGCGCCUGCUCCAGACCCCGCGGCCCCCGACCCCCCCAGCGCUCGCGAGCAGCGCAUCUCUGUGCCAGCUGCGCGCACUGGCAUCCUGCAGGAGGCCCGUCGCCGCGGGACCAGGAAGCAGAUGUUCCGUCAGGGAAAGGAGGAGCCCAAGAACUCGCCCAACCCCGAGUUGCUGUCGCUAGUGCAGAACCUAGAUGAAAAACCUCGGGCCGGGGUUGCUGAGUCUGGUCCAGAGGAGGACGCUUUGAGCCUCGGAGCUGAAGCUUGCAAUUUCAUGCAGCCACCAGGGGGCAGGAGUUACAAGACGCUGCCUCGCGCGACACCUAAAACCCCGCCUCCAAUGGCUCCCAAGACCCCGACCCCUAUGGCUCCUAAGACUCCACCCCCAGUGGCUCCUAAACCAGCAUCCCGAGGGCUCCUUGAUGGGGUAGUGAAUGGGGCGACCCCUUCGCCUGGAAUCCCUGAGCCGCCAAGGCUGCAGGGGAGGGGUGGGGAGCUGUUUGCCAAGCGGCAGAGCCGUGCCGACAGGUAUGUGGUGGAAACGACACCGGGUCCUGGCCCUCGGCCCAGAAGUCCUUCUCCUACCCCCUCACUGCCCCCUUCCUGGAAAUAUUCACCCAACAUCCGAGCCCCACCUCCAAUUGCUUACAACCCACUACUCUCACCCUUUUUCCCCCAGGCUGCCCGAACCCUCCCUAACAAGGCCCAAUCCCAAGGGCCUCGGGCAGCCCCCAAGCAGGGCAUCAAGGCUCUGGAUUUCAUGCGACAUCAACCCUACCAACUCAAAACGGCCAUGUUCUGUUUUGACGAGGUUCCUCCAACUCCUGGCCCCGCCUCCUCAGGGCCCCCCCAAACUGCCCGAGUCCAGGAGAUCCGUCGAUUUUCCACUCCAGCGCCCCAGCCCACGGCAGAGCCCCUAGCUCCCACUGUACUUGCCCCCCGAGCAGCCACCUCACUGGAUGAACCCAUCUGGAGGGCAGAACUGGCCUCAGCCCCUGUCUCCAGCCCUGCCCCUCCUCAAGAGUCUCCCAGAGGCUUUGGGGCCAUCCCCAGCUCCUGUGGUUUCCAGGUAGCCAGGCCCCGAUUCUCAGCCACCAGAACAGGAUUACAGGCUCAUGUGUGGAGGCCUGGGGCAGGGCACCGGUGAGCAAGGAAUGGGUCCCAGGACCAAGGAGAACUGGAACAUCCAGUCUCCAAAACUGCUUCUCCUGUCCUAAGCUACCCCACCUCUCCCAGGCUUCUGGAGGCUAAAGUCACUCCUGCCAGAGACAGUUUUGAUGUUAAUGUGUCAUCACCCAGCUUCCUUCUCAGUCCCCACCUCCCUGGAGCUUUCCAACCUAUUAUCCCUACUUUGGUAUUUCCUUGCCUGGAUCUGUCUACAUUUCCUGGUCUCUCUACCUGUAUGCCUCUACAGGUCUCUUUACUCUUGUGUUUUUCUCUGUGAGCCUCAUUUUAAUGUUCAGUAAGAAGCACACAGAGUAGAAGUAACCACUGGGACCUUAGGCUAGAAGCUCACCACCAGGAAGACAGCAAAAACAUGGAACUGAUCCCUGUUUGCACUAACCUUCUCCCUACUCUUCACUCUGCUUUCCCAGGAUUACCUGGCAUAUACCUAGGGUGUGUAUGCCUAGGGUGUGUAUGUGUGCAGACAAGUAUGAGCAAGUGUGUGUGAUCAGGAUCUGAUCUGGAAAGUAAUCAUAUGUGCUCCUCUGUUUGAGGCAAGAGUAAUAGGAGAAGUAUAAAGACCCCAUCUGAGUCUUAACUUUACACUGGUAGAAGGAUUAGAUACCCACACAGGGAGUCUAGCAGGAGAAAAGGGUUCCCUGGAGAACAGCUCCUUAGAGAGCAGUGUCUAGCAGGUGCACAGCACAUGACAAGACUGGGACAGUUUGCAUGGGCUAAGUUACACCACCUAUACCAGCAAUAGAACUAAGAAUUAUUUAAAUCCUCUGGAUUUCAGAAAGUUAGCAAAUAGAGCUCUGUGCUGAGCAACCCAAUAUCAAGGAUGUCAGAAAAAAAAGAAAAAGAAAAUUUCUUGUGAUAAUGAAUAAAUUAUUGGCUUCAUUCCUUUAGGAACCUAAGACAGAAAAGAGGGAAGCAAGCCUGGGUGAGGAGAGUGAGACAGAAAGCAGGAGUGGAGCAGAAAUGGGUGAAAGUGACGAAGCAUGGUGAGGGAGAGGGCAGUGUUGGCAGAGUAAGGUUGGUUAACCAAAAACCAACUGUGUGAGGAGGGGGAUUGGGAAAAAAUCUGAGGGACAAAAAUGUAUUUGUCAGAGUUAAGGGGGAUGAUGGUGGGAGGGGAGCGUGAGGGUGUGUGCUGAGUGUAGAAAGAAGAGUUGGUGUCUGUGCUACUUCCUGUGAGUCCAUCCUUCAGUUUGUCUUCUGCAGCUUGUCCUGGCUAUCUGGGAAAGGCCAGGGAAGCACCCAGAGCCAAAACCUUCCCAGUCCUACCCCAUCCCUCAAAACCCUAGCUCUUGUUCCUUUUCAGCUACAGGUCCUGGUUUCUGAUUCUAGGAGGGGAUGGACUCCCUUUUCACCAAGACCAUCACCAGCCAUAUUUGCUGUUUGAUCUGGAAAGUAAUCAUUUCCUUUGCAUUUUGGGUGUGAGUCACAGCUCUUUGAUUUGUGCACAAGAAUAAACUUAUGCCCCAUACCUUUUGUUGCUGUCAUCUCUUCUGGUUUUAUACCCCAUCCUGAUCUCUCCUUGGUCUUCUCUAACUCAUUAAUUAUCCUAAUCUGAUUCCCAAUCUCAGUCUCCAUUCCCACCCUCCCAUUUUCCACCCUUUGCCCUUCAUCCUCAACUAUUUUGCUGUUCUCUACCAAUUCCAUCCUGCUUCAAUUUCACUACCUCCACCACUCCUCCUAGUUUCGUCUCCCAGCAGUCUCCACCCAGAGUCUCCCCCUCUCUCUUCACUGCUCCUUACUUUCCAGGGAAGGCUCAUCUUACAGAACUGAGAGAAGUUAAAAGGCCCUUUAAUUCCUUUGCUAUCAAUACUUCCUAGCUCCCUGGAGGAAGCAACCAUGUUAAACAUUCUCUGAGACUUAAGUGAAUAGAAAGCAAUGACUGGAGGUGAAGGUUGGAAUGGAAGAUGGAAUAAAACGUGGGCACCAUGGGCUGGGGAUUUAGCUCAGUGGCACCGAGCCUGCCUUGCAAGAGCAA